AAUAGCUUCCGCUCAGUGCCUCGCUUUGGGAGAAGUUCCAUCAAACAAUCAUCAUGUUCUCCCGAACAACACAAUUUAUCCCACAAUGCACGCAAGUGCGUGGGAUGGCAACAUUAAAGGAAAUUCGAGUUCGGCUGAAGUCUGUCAUUAAUAUGCAAAAGAUCACCAAAUCCAUGAAGAUGGUGUCAGCAGCUAAAUAUUCCAGAGCUGAGAAGGAUCUUAAAGUUGCCAGGCCAUAUGGACUAGGAGCUAAAGCAUUUUAUGACCAGGCUGAGAUAAAAGGUGACAGUACCUCACCUUAUCAGCUUCUAGUGGCAGUAACAUCAGACAGAGGUUUGUGUGGUGGUGUACACUCCAAUGUAUGUAAAGCUAUUAAAAUCGCUAUGAAUGAGAUGGAAAACACCGCUGACACUAAACUUGUACUGAUUGGUGAUAAGUCUAAGGCACUGUUAUCAAGACUGUAUGCAAAGAACAUACUUAUGUCAUUUAAUGAUAUUGGGAGGAAAUCACCAACUUUUGGAGAUGCAACUCGUGUAGCACAAAAUAUUCUGGAUUCUGAUUACAAAUUUGAUAAUGCCAGGAUGUUUUAUAACGUAUUCAAGAGCGUGAUUUCAUAUAAAACAACUGAGCAGCAGAUUCAUCUUAAAGAGUCCAUCAUGAAAUCAGAACAAUUUUCAGUAUAUGACAGUGUAGAUGAUGAAACUGUCACAAAUUAUAAUGAGUUCCAGCUAGCUAGUUUGGUUUACUUUGCUAUGAAAGAAUCUGCUACAAGUGAACAAAGCUCUAGAAUGACAGCUAUGGAAGGAGCCAGUAAGAAUGCUGGUGAAAUGAUUGAUAAGCUGACCUUGACCUUCAACAGAACUAGACAGGGAAUAAUUACAAGAGAAUUGAUAGAAAUUAUCUCUGGUGCAUCUGCACUGUAAUGAACUCAGGACAUUUUAGUGCUAUUUCAGUGGACCAUCAAGUCCUGUUGUGAUAGAUUUAUUUUGAAGUUUGACAGUAAACAAAUAUUAAUAAAAAAGUGAAAAUUCUAA